AGGGCCGGUUUGCGCGCUCCCGUGCGCGCACCCCUCCUGUCUGGCAUCCGGUCCAGCCCCGCUCUGUCCGCUGACUCAGUGCCUUAGCAGCAUCACGUCUCACCUGGACGGAGAAGCGAACCUUCCGCGGAGAAGCAGCAGCCAUGAACACGGCGAGCGCGUACAAGGAGAAGAUGAAGGAGCUGUCAGUCAUCUCCCUCAUCUGCUCGUGCUUCUACCCGGAGACACGUAACAAGCUGGCGCCCGACUUGGAAGACAUGGAGGUGAAGCCCAUAAACAAGCGCGCCUCGGGCCAGGCCUUCGAGGUCAUCCUGAAGCCGCUGUCCCCACUGUCCGACGUCGCCCACAGCCUGCCCUCACCCCCAAAGAGGGACAUCUCACUUGAUGACAUCGAGAAGAAACUGGAGGCUGCUGAAGAACGGAGAAAGUUCCAGGAGUCGCAGGUGCUGCGUACCCUGCAGGAAAAGAGGGAGCACGAGAGGGAUGUGCUGCUGAAGGCCAUGGAGGAAAACAGCAACUUCAGCAGGAUGGCUGAGGAGAAGCUGCAGCUGAAGAUGGAGCAGAACAAGGAGAACCGCCAGGCACUUCUGGCCGCCAUGAUAGAGCGCCUCCAGGAGAAGGAGAGACACGCAGCUGUGGUGCGGCGGAACAAAGAGCUGCGGGAGUAGCGGGGAGCAACCGCCACGCACACCAGUCCUGACUCUCAUUCAUCCAUCCACCACCCUCCCCGACAUCCCACCGCUCUGUCCCUUGAUAGAACCGACCCCGGAGGACCCACUGCUCACAACACACCACAAACUAUCAGUAUUACACACUUUCAUCUCACUCUGGAGAGCUCCAGCCAUGAAAUGGGAAAUGCAAGAAUCUGUCUAUCUAUCUAUCUAUCUAUCUGUCAUUUAAUUUCUCCAGACUUUGGUGUCGGAAUGAAACGUGGGCCACCUGCUGAUCCUUCAGAAUUGGCUCCAAAAGCAGCCUCGGCUUCAGAACUCUGUGCUGGGUUCCCGGGAGAAGGUGGACACGCUCACAGAUGAUCCUCGGAUCCCAUUGAAUCCACGGUUACGAGCUGAACUGGUGUGUUUGGAAUCAUAUUUUGAACCAGUACCGUGCAUUACCAUGUCUUGGAUGGUAGGUUGCGCUGUUGUGCCGACUUUCCGGCGGAAAAGCAAAUUAGGCCUGGGUCUGCUCUCAGAGGGAAUUGAACCGAGGACCAUCGAAACCUGCCCGCGUCCUCUGCUGCUUGUGUUUCCCCUCUUCAUAUAUUUCUCUGUGAAAGCUUUGCUGAAUAAAGGUUUGGGGGUCUGAGAACAUGUCA